UAACUAAAACGAUGCUGUUUCGAUUCUUUUCCGAAAAAACAAGAAAAAAAAAACCAGCCUUUAGCAGAUGUACCCCCGCCCCUAGCCCCUUCCUUCAGAUUUCAGAAAGCACUCGGCGGAGUGAGCCUGUGCCCCUGCAACCCUAGCCUCCACCGCCGCCGCAGGGAGUGAUCCAUUGCCGCAGGGAGUCCCACUCAGGGGCUUCUCUCUUCCUCCUGUCGGCGUUCUCGAAGUCUCCAACCCCUGUUAGCUCUCCGACUCACCAAUCGCAGGCGCGCAGCUUCUUCGUCUGCUCGCCGUCGUCUUCGUCUGCUCUCUUCUCGCCGUCGUCUUUGUCUGCUGACUCCGCUCGCCCUCGUGCUCGCCGUCUCAGACCGAAGUUUUCUUGUUAGGGUUCAAAAGCAGCGACGGCAUAUUGGAGCAGUGAUUACUGCUAAUACAACAAUGAAGUUUGAUAAAACCGACGCACUCUCAAUUUUUUCUGAAAUUAAGAAGCAACACAAGCAUAUUAAGCUUAAGAGGAGGUUUUUGUUGGCCUUUCCACCCACCAAAUCUGAGAGAAGAAAAUUGAAGAAGUCCGAAUUUUUCCAAAAGGAGUUUUUGUCCGAGUCUUUACUCAGGGAAGAUGAUUUAUUUUAUGAUACAGUAAGAGCUCGUGUUGAAAGUGCCUUUGGAGUAUCCGAUGUCGGAAUAGAUGAUGAUAUUCUUUUGGACGAUAUGCAUUUGAUUAACAUGCCCAAAGUGAAACUGAAAAGGUUGAUAUUAUCGGUCCUUGAUAAUUUGUCCACCAAGGGACUAUACCUUCUUGCAAAGAUUGUUGCGGAUGGCUCAGUCAAGUGUGAGAAAACUCGUCACAAUUUGAAGCAAACUGUCAAGGGUUCUCUCUCAAGUGCUCUUGGUAGCAAAAGGCUUAAUCACCGUCAGCUGGAAAGUCGUAAACAGAUUUUUCAUCUUCUCAGCAAUCCACAGCAAUUCCGAAAUAGGUGUGAACCUUUUUCUGUGUUAAAAUCUGAAUCUUGUUAUGCUGCUGCAGUGAAGGUACUGCGUCGGCUUGAGAGUUUUCCUUCUAAAACCUUGAUUGCAAUGUAUAACAAACUUAAGGGAGUGAAAUGCACGCAUCAGUUACAACCCUGUAAACACGGUUGGGGACGAAAAAAACUUAUCAAGCUAGUGAACAAAACCUGUAGGGAGAUGUUUUUUCAACUUGAUAGUAAAGGUGAUCUACAAGAGCCAUUAGCCAAAGCCAUGGCAGUAGCAGACUUAUCCCUAAAACUGACACUUGGUCGGGACAAAAUAUUUGCAAGAGAAUUUUACCAAUUCCCACCUGAUAUAAAAUCAUUGCAGACUAAUAUAAUGAAUGCUAUAUGGUCUGUUAAAAAUGAAGUUACAUUACCAGUGCUAAGAAAUUUACAGCUUCUGAUAGAACCCGAGGCCAAAAUAUCAAAUAGGAGCUUAAGGACAGCUUUUGUUAAUCUUUUGACCGAGUUUCUAUUUGAGUGUGUUGAUAUGGAUAGCAUUCCAAAGUCUCUAUCACAUAUCAUUGCUGUUAUUCAUAAGAAUUCAAAGAUCACAGACAAUGUAGUAUUCAGUAGGAAGUAUAUUGACAAAGAAGUUGACUACAUACUAGGUAUAAGUGCCCAGACAAAACAGAUUGUUUUGGAUUUGUUGCCUGACCAUGGAUUUGAUCAAGACUUUAAAGAUGCAUAUGGGGAGGAAUUGGAAGAAAGUAAUGAUAGUGAUAGUGGGGUUGAUGAUGAUGAUCAUGAUAAACUUAAUGAGGAUAGAAUAUAUUCAAACUAUGAAGCAGAAAGUAUUGGGGAUUUUGCACCAGUUUUGUUUCAACCCUCUACUUCCAUUAAAGAGGAAGAUGUUUCAUUCUGUCCAUCUACAACCAGUGGGAGGUUUUGUGGUGUUUCACCCGACAGAGAAUAUAUUGUCAACAAACCUGCCUUACAUGAAUCAGGUAGGUUUUGUGGUGCUUCACCCGACAGAGAAUAUAUUGUCGACAAACCUGCCUUACAUGAAUCAGGUACUGACGUAGUUAUGAGAUACGUCAUGAGAGACUCAUCUUGCAUGUCUUGUGAGGAAACAGAACCCACCUCCACUAAGCAAAGCAUCGAGAGGAACCAAUACCUAGCCAUCCAAGAUGCUUGUGAUAAGACAAGUAUGCUUGCAUAUAAUCUUGUAGGUCAUUUAUUGAAAGAAUUUGCCAUAAUUGAAGGCCUAGAUAUAAAAGCAAACCAGAGAUUAUACCUCAGCAGUGAUAAUCCAAUUGAAGAUGUCCAAGAAACGGAACAUUCCUCAUCUGGGAACACAGAAAGUUUAGCUGUCAUUCAAGUAGUUAAAGAGCUGUUUCCAGCCCUUCCAGAUAGUGCCAUGGAAAAACUGAAGAUAUUGAUGAGCUGAUACUGUUUCACAGACCAAAAGCUUCUACUCAACAAAAGCAUUCUGAAAUGGUUUCUCAUUUGGAUCAAGCUUUACUCAAUAACUCAACUUCUGAGUUUGUUUAGCAUGAGAUUUACCACUUUGUCUAGUGUUUUCUACAUAUGGCCCUGCAAUUAACUGCAAGCAGCAUAUUUAUUUGAUUUUAUAUUAUUUUUAUUUUUAUUCA